AUGCUUGCACUCAAAAUUCAUCAAGUCUGUGCGAUGUCAUACUGGCUAGUGUUUUCUCCUCUUUUUAUUGCCAGUGCUUUCAAUUCCUACUUCGUAUUCAUCAUUUUCGUUCGAUCCGUAUUUGAAUACAAAGACUUCAAAGGACCGGUGCUCAAAUUUGGAUUCAAUGUUAUGCGACUCGCUUUGAUUGCUUUAUUUGAAGUAUUAUUGUGCUACAAAGUUGAAGGAGAUUUCGAACACGGUCAGGUAGCAGUACGUUCAUCUUAUGGAAUAGUAUUUACACCUAUUUGGAUACUUUCCCUUGCAUUAUGUAUACAAACAUGUAGACUAUUUUGA